GCUAGCGUCUCGGGCAAGAUGGCUGCUAAAAGUUUUGCUUCCCGUCUCGGAGGGUCCCGGCGCUUUUUGAGAGGCUUCGUGGCCGGAGCUGUCGCGGGCGCUGCAAGCACUGGCCUCGUGGUGGUGCAGUUCCUCCGGAGUCGGGACGCGGAGCCUGCGGUGGUGGUGAGGGAGCCGGACGGUUCUUCGGAAAGGGCUGUCUUGGAACAAUUUGGAUUCCCUUUAACUGGAACAGAGACGAGGUGUUACACUAACCAUGCCUUGUCUUAUGAUCAAUCAAAGCGGGUGCCUAGAUGGGUUCUUGAACACAUAUCCAAGAGCAAGAUAAUGGGUGAUGCAGACAGAAAACAUUGUAAAUUCAAGCCGGAUCCCAGCAUCCCUCCAGCCUUCAGUGCCUUCAACGAGGACUAUGUUGGCAGUGGGUGGUCCCGAGGCCACAUGGCUCCAGCAGGAAAUAAUAAAUUCUCAACUAAAGCCAUGGCUGAAACCUUUUACCUCUCUAAUAUUGUGCCUCAGAAUUUUGAUAAUAACGCUGGAUAUUGGAACAGAAUAGAAAUGUACUGUCGAGAACUGACAGAGAGGUUUGAGGAUGUUUGGAUCGUGUCUGGACCACUGACCUUACCUCAGACUGGAAGUGAUGGAAAGAAAACAGUUAGUUACCAGGUGAUCGGCGAGGACAACGUGGCAGUCCCCUCCCACCUGUUCAAGGUGAUCCUGGCACGCAGAAGUGCGGGGUCUGCUGAGCCCCUGGCCCUCGGGGCCUUCGUGGUGCCCAACAAGGCCAUUGGCUUCCAGCCCCAGUUAAGUGAGUUCCAGGUGAGCCUGCAGGACCUGGAGAAGCUGUCGGGACUGGUGUUUUUCCCGCAGCUGGAUAGAACCAGUGACGUCAGGAACAUCUGCUCGGUGGACACCUGUAAGCUCCUGGACUUCCGGGAGUUCACCCUGUACCUGAGCACAAGAAAGGUUGAGGGGGCCCGAUCGGUAGUCAGACUGGAAAAGGUCAUGGAAAAUCUUCGGAACGCGGGCAUCGAGCCCGACGAGUACUUCAUGACUCGCUACGAGAAGAAACUGGAAGAACUCCGAGCUCAGGAGCGGUCAGGCAUCCUGGGGGAGAAGCCCUCGUAGUUCUCGUCUCAGAAGCGUGUCGUGGUCUCUAAGGAAGCGGGUGUGGCCUCUUCGGGAUACUGUGUUUUAGCGACUCUUGUUCUUAAAAUGGUGGAAUCCUAAAUUUCAGACCAGAUUUCUCCCCAGAAGGUGAACGAUGUCAGAUUUUUCGGCUGGCACAGUAUUUGACACCAGAAGUGAUUAUAUAAGGAAGCUGCUACCACCUGCAGAUCAUGGGCUGGUCUCCUGUGGGGUUAGCAGGAGGGCUGUGUCUGCUGGACGGGUCCCUUCGGAGGUGUUGGAUGUGAAGGUGUGACAUUUUCUGUCUCCAGGCCGUACCGUGUCUUUGUAUCUGCUCAGCCUUCUUGCAGCCCAGUAUUAUUUACAUGUUUUCGUUAACUAAGAUGUGAGUUGGUCUGAUGCCUCUGUGCGUUAUCCUGACCACACGUGUUGUGUAUUUCUCUCUCUCUCUCUCGGUCCUCCUCUCGUGGACCCGUUUCUCCUCUUCUGUCAUGUACAUGCCCCAGCACCUACGUUUUCUGCUCACCUAGUGGGUCGUGUAUACAAAGCUCAGUGCUUUUCAUGUAUUAUCCUGAUACUACCCUCCAAGGGAGAUGGCACUGUCCUCGUUUUACCCACGAGGAAGCUGAGACUUGGAGAGCUUAAGUGUUUUGCCCAAAGUUCAUCUUCCCAAAGAAGUAAUCCACAAGGAAAGAGGCACCCAACACGGGGUAUGUUAAAGUCUUCUCUGACACAGAGGCUUUUGACUUAGAAAAAUGUUCUUCCGUGGAUGUCUAUGACCCUGGAGACUGUUUGGUAAGAGGGUCUGGUUUCUUGUCGGCCAUCCAGCCAAAGAGACUUGAGUGUCUUCUGAUUUGAACCUUCUUUAGUUCUUUGGGAAGAAAUAGUCACAGGUGAUUGACUGAGACGUCAGUGCUUUCUGCGGUUUAUCAGAGUCCCUACUUGCCUUCAGAAAUGCAGUUCUUCUAAGUGACUGGCUGGUGCCAAAUCCAUGUGUUUGUUGCUUUCCAGAUGGGCCUUUUGUUCCUGAGAUUGAGGGACGUAAUAAGGGUCUGUGCCCGCAGAGUCACCAACUUGUGGCCUGAGCACCUUUGUGCUUGCUUGUCUACGUGGAUGGCAGAGGGCAGGUGGUUGGGCCAGCGACCCAAAGACAGCUAGCUGUAGGGAAAGCAGUAGCUGUGUUUCUGAGCCAGGCCUCUAGUUUGGGAUUUAUGUGGGCUCCUUUCAUGGGCUGUCAUCAGCGUAGGCAGUAAAAUAUCUUAAAAUAGCAUACGGGCACUUGUCUGACUGUGUCCCAUCACUGCUGUCUUUCCAAGCGGUGCUACCAGAACAGUUUUGGUGGUAUUGAUGUGUGUAUCUCCAGCAGAAAUGCCAAGAUGUUAAGAUAAAGGCACGAGGGAUUUCCCUGGUGGUUGAGCGGUUGAGGAUCUGCCUGCCAGUGCAGGGGACAUGAGUUCAGUCCCUGGUCUUGGAAGAUGCCACGUGCCAUGGAGCAGCGAAGCCCGUGUGCACAGAGCGAGCCUGAGCGCCUCGAGCCCAUGGUCUGCGGGGAGGGGCCUCCGCAACGAGGAGCCCGCACACGGCAACGAGGGGUAGCCCCCUCUCACCGCAGCAAAGACUCAACACAGCCAAGAAUAAGUAAAAUUAUGUUAAAGGAAAAGAUAAAGGUAAGAUGAUGAUGGUAGAUCUUGUUCUGCUUUAUUUGGGUAAAAAAGAAAGAAGUUGGGAGGGUCAGAAUACCCCAGCCUGAUUAAUACCGGCCUCUUAACACACUGUUGCCCAUUAGCUUGUGCCUCUUUUUCUUCUCAGGGAGAAAGAGCCAAAAUGUCACUGUGAAACCAAAAAAAAAUCUGUUACUUUCUCUCCUCAUCGGAGAGGUGAAAGCAUCUGGGUGUUUCUCCAGGAGCCCGAGGGCGGCUCUGGGGGAGAGGUCCUGCUGCCCGUCUUGAGGGGUGAGCCCCCAUCCGAUGGCCCCCGGGCCCAUCACCAUGCUGUCCUCCCACGGGAAUUUCCAUCGGACAUGGGGUUAUUCCCACGCCAUUCUCACUCCUGUGUCUUCACCUGGAUGGUAGAGAAUCUUGAUUUUUAGAUCCGUCCAGUGUUCUAACACAUUUUAGAAUGUAAUGAAAAAAUGCUAAAAAUUUUCUAAUUAGAAAAUUAGUCAUUAGAAAACGUGUUAGAAGAUGCUACCUGGUUGUUGUGGAAUAUAGAGAUAGCUCCUCAUACUAAAUGCAUAUAAAUAUAUAAAAUGUGCUGUCUCCCAGCCCUCAUUAUGGUAUGUAAAAGCUGUGUUGGUAUACCACAAGUGAUGCUUGAAUGUUUUCUCCACACUCCCAUUAAGAGUCCCUCCAAGACAAAUUUUGAAACGUAAGCACUGGGUAGAGCUCAGGACUUUGCUCUGAAUCAGAUCACUUCUGCCUGCCCCAUGGGACAGCUGAGAACUGGGGCUCACCCGCAGCAGAGCCCCAGGCCAGGCGUAUCCCCCUCACUACUGCCCCAAACUGAUCACCGUCCAGCCCUCCUCGGCUCCUGUGAGUUUUUGGGCUCCUGUACCUGGGACUCUGCCUUCCACCCCGAUACACCCAGGGAGCCCCUGGUGCUGCCGGGGGAGAAGGACCAGGCUGGGUCUCUGCUGCUGAGAGCCCCCCCUGAGGGUGAGGGACCCACUCCCUAAUCUCUCUCCACUCACAGUGACAUCUUUAUUUCGAGGCUUCAGGCUCUUUGGUCUGUGGACUGAGACUGUUUCACCAGUAUUAGGUGUGACAAGGGGGGCCUUACGCCAGCGGCCAAGGUAGGAUGGGCGUGUGAGCCCCUUAAAUGCCUGCCAGCACCUCUGGCCUCGGGCCUCAGGCUUCACACUGCAAACCUCGGCCCCUCCUUCAGGACGCAGACUGGAGCCCAGCAGGAGAGGCCGAGUCUGAUCGUGAGGGAGUGGCUUCCUACGGGCCGGGCUCAGCCUGCAGCCCUGCUCUAGGAGAGACCGUGAGUAUCCCGCGUGCUCCCUGCCCUCAUCCUCGUGAGCCCGUGUCUGUCGCUGGUGUCAGCGUGGCGAAUCUCGGGUUUCCCAUCAGCAGCCUGUCCCGACCAGGGCCUGCUGUGUGUUCCCUGCUCAUCCCACGUCCACCAUGUCUGCCCUUCCCCUUUAUGGGCC